CAACAAAUAAAGUUAUUCACUUGUCACAAAAGCGUCGCACAAGACACCUCGAUGCAUUUCUGGUUCACAAUCUAUUAAAUUUCUAGUGAUAUAUAAUCUAAUGCAACCAUGCCCACAGCCUCUAAAAAACUUGACCCGAAUGCCUCUAAGGAGAAGGGGAAGGGCUCUAAGGCCGACCUCACGUCUCGGUCCGAGCAAAAUGUUAAGAUCAUGAGGUUGGAUUCAGAGGGUGGAAAGAUGUCAUCACGUCUUCGACGAAAUAUGGAAAGAGUAGAGAUGUUGGCGAGGCCCAACUCUCGACGGCUCCGAUCGCUGUGGGAUGAGAAAUGUGCCAUACUGCCGCGCGAACGAAGAGAUAAAAUCAAGAGCGCUUUGGAAGAAGACUAUUUUCUUAGUCCUGAACAGACCGAACAAUACUUCCAAGCUUUGAACGAGUCUGCGAGACGUUGGUCCGGCCCUGGAGGAAUGGUGAGCCGCAAGGAGCACGCCGAUCGCAACAAGGAGCUUCGCCUGAGACAGAAGUGGCUGGUCAACUUCAGUGCUCAGGUUGCGUACCGUCUAUGUGAUUACAUUGCUAAAGGACAAAAGGAAAUGUUGGUCUCCAACCGUUUGAGAAGUAUUGCCGAUGUUGUGCUGGAAAGAGUUGCGGAAAUCCUAGGUGAGCCAAAACCUUCCCGUACGAACCCGGGUCGCCUUCCCCGCUUCAUGGUGGCGAUCUCCGACCGUAUCGCGGUCUGGAUAGAGAACGCCGUCUACCGAGCUGAUGCACUGGAACCUAAUGAUGGCAAGGGCCCAGAUGAACACAUGCGGCUUGAUGCUGAAAAACCGCUCAUAUGCUGAACACACAAGUUUCAAGUUGGAGUGAGGGCUGGUUUUCCUGGUCGUCUGCGUGGCGCUGGCUGCUGCAUCGCCCCAGUUCAUCGCCGCUUGGCCAGGAUAUGCUGGCGUUGUUCCUGCUACUAGGACUGUCGUUGCCGGUCCUACUGUUGUGAACGAUGUUGGCGCCCGCUUCUUCGCUCCUGGUUAUGCCUUUGUCUAAACCGUCCCGUCCCUCGAAUCUUACGCAAUUCGCACUUUGUCCAUUGGCCCGCACUUGAGUAUAGUAUGUAAUACAGUAUAUUAACCUUUAAAUUAAAAGUAUCGUCUGUA